GUCGCUUCUGGCUGGCAUGUGGCUCUUUGGCGCUGACUGUCUUGCCACCUUGAGGCUUGCUUCAGUUUCAUUUCGAACGUCGGACGCCGAGAACGCAGGGAUACCGCUCUUGCAAACGACCCGCUGUACCAACCGGGCUGAAGCCAUUGAAACGCGUGUGAACGGGAGUCCAAAUAAAUAUUCAUAACUUGGGCGGUUGCUUUAAGUGGAAACGCCAAAAAGCCAACUCGAAAGCAACCAUAAGCGAAAUUUCUCUAUGGCUAAAGAGGAAACCCAGGAAUAAUAACAAUUAUGGAAUAAUCAAAUAAAAAUAUAAGACGAUCCAUAUAAAUUAAACUCAAGGCUACGCAACGCUAUUCGAAACUUUGAAUGAGCCAAAUCGAAGAAAAGUUCACAGGCGUUAAAAAUAAAGUCUUAAAAACCACUUAAUACAACUUUGGUUAAGUUUCGUGCGACAAGCUUAUCCUACAGUUUGCAACUUUGCGAAUAUGUUGCUGGGACGUUUAGGAGAGGGUAUACGUAUACCCAAGCCGAAAAGAGUGCAAUUAAGCGCUCCCGUAUCCGUAUCACUAGUGCUUCUGCUAUGUUUGUCUCUUGUUGGUCACACCAGUGCCCAAGUUGAUACCACUAUUAGUGAACAAGAAAGUCAUUCAGUUUUUCUACCGUGUCCCGUUAAUGUGGACAAGUGCGGAAAACUGCACUCACUAAAUUGGUUUAAGGGCGAUGAUCGCAUUGCUGCAAUGCUCUUGGGAGACAAUAAUGUGACAAGCGUUAAUAAAGAAUUUGAAGAAAGAGUAACUGUUGAGCAAAACCCAUACAGGCUAGUUAUUAAGGACUUGAAAAUUGGUGAUGAAGAUAUUUAUCUAUGUGAUACUACAUUUUUUAUACCAGAAGAAACGUGUGAUAACUUCAAUGGAUAUCGAAUCGAGUUGAGGGUCUUAGAAAAUAUUGUGCCACCCACUGAGGUUGUUAUUUUGGAUGCCAAAGGCGAUCGAAUCGAGAACGGCAGCAUCGUGGGACCCAUGCAGGAACGUCAGUCACUCAAAGCAACAUGUACUGUGAAGAACACCCGCCCACAACCAGAGGUGGGAUGGUUCCGCGGAACCAAGCGACUAACAACUUAUUCCCCCACUCAUGAUUUAAACGAUGGUCUUUAUACGUCAACACUCGAGCUGGAUUGGCCAUUGUCCCGCGAAGAUCUUGCUCAGGAUUUUGAAUGCCGCGUGACAUCUGCAGCCAUACCAAAUACAACCGUUACUAAAUUUAGCGUGGAUUUACAAGUACGGCCGACAGGUAUUGAAAUUAAUGGAGUGCAACAUCAUACAGUACAAGGCAGCAAAGUGGUUUUAACAUGUGAUAUUCACGGCGCUCGCCCAGCUGUAAAUCUUACAUGGUAUAAUUCAACUAACCUAAUAAGUGCUGAUGAAAAUGACCUAACUGAAAUUCGGAUUAAAGCGUUUGAAAAAAAUGAUGGCACUUAUCACACCCAAUCAGAACUAAUUUUUAUUGCAACUCGCUUUGAGAAUGACCGUGGUUUUCGCUGUGAGGCUGAAAACGUUGUUUUGCAAAUCAAUCGAGAAAAACCAAUUUCAUCAGCUCUAACAUUGGAAGUUUUAUAUCCCCCGGUUGUAAAAGUCAGUCCAUCUGAUUUAAUUGCCAAUACAAGUCAAAUAGUUCUUCUUAAUUGUGGAUAUGUUGCAAAUCCUGCUUCUCUAACCCAAGUUGAAUGGUAUCGCAAUGAUGAUUUGGUAAACGUAAAUGACACAGAUCGUUACACUGGCGGCAAUUCGGAGAAUGUUGCUCUCGUUAUUAAAUCUACAGAAAAAGAAGACAUUGGAAAUUAUUCUUGCCAAUUGUCAAAUAACAUUGGAAAAGGAAUUUCUGAUCAGAAAAUUAAUCUUGACGUGCAGUAUGUCCCAAGUGUCGAGAUUCUAAUGAUACCAGAGGGUCCCGUAAAGGAAAGCGAUGAAUCGAACGUCACCCUUUUUUGCAACAUUUUGGAUGCAAAUCCUUCGAUUCUCACCAAAGUGAGGUGGUACGCUAACUCUACACUGCUUAAGGAGCUUCCGGACUGUGAAGAAACAAGAGAGGAUCUAUGCCAUAUAGACCCAAGCAAACUGUUACUGGAAAGUAUUGGACGUGGCUUUUUUUACAAUUAUUCCUGUGAAGGAUUCAAUUCUGCCGGCUGGGGUCCACGCAGUGAAGACAAAGAAUUAAUGGUACAUUAUGAACCGGGAUCUGCUGCAUUAUCUCAUUUUCCCACUGUCGCUGUAAAGAAAAAGAGUGUGACAUUCUCUUGCUCCGUAGAUGAUCCUGGCUAUCCAGACUCAAAUAGAUUUCGUUGGCUUCGCGGCGGUCGGGGUCCUCUGCAGGACAUUGUGACGAAAGAUUGGACGGUGGAACCAGUGGGCCUAGACAGCCGCACCAAUUAUUCUUGCUACGCAUUCAAUGAGGGGGGCAAAGGCGUAAUGGCUACAGUCAACUUGGAGGUACACGCACCACCGUUUUUUAUCAAGAACUUGCCACCCUAUACGGGAAUACUGCACUCCUCAUCCAAUGCCAAUUUGACCUGUCGCAUUGAGUGUGUCCCGCGCUGUGACAUAUCAUGGCUAAAGGAUGGUAAGCCAAUACAGAAGAACGAUUCGCGAUAUUUUGUUAGGGAGAAAUACAUGGAUUCCUCCCCCGCCACGGGCGAUUUUGAAAGCAUGCUAUCAGUUUUGCACUUUAAUAUGUCGAAUUGGCCUCUUGCCAAGUUCGAUAUCGAGGCUGAUAAUGCGGACUAUACUUGCGUCUCAACAAAUAAUACAGUGGGUUCUAGCAUCAGGAGUCGCACUUAUUUCGGCAUCGAAUACGCACCUGACAACACAACCGUCUCGGAAAACAUUGUUUAUGUGCAGGAAGAUACCAUACCAGGACGUGUGAUAUGCAAAUCUCGAGCUAAUCCAGAACCUUCAUAUAUUUGGCUUUUUAAGAACAAAACAAUAGCCAAUGGAAAUGCAUUAAUUAUUAAUACUGCUAUGAAACGGAACGACAAUGGAACCUAUACCUGUUUUGCAUAUAAUAAGCAUGGUAGUAGCAUUGCUGAAACCGUGAUCAAAGUGCAAUUUAAGCCACGAUGCGAAAUCGAAAGACGGGAAAUUAAUGAUCAGGAUACUCUUGUUUGUACUGCUUACGGAGAUCCCAUUGAGGCCGAUUUUUCUUGGUCAAUUAAAGCUGAAAAUGAAACAGUUGAAAAUUUGGGCAGCGGUGACAAAAACGAAUUUGUUGAAAAAAGCUUUUACGUAUUGCAAAAGGACUAUGCAAUUUCCAGGACUUACAGAUGUGUGUCCAAUAAUACGGUUGGUUCUGGACCAUUUUGUGAAAUUGAAGUUGCUGCUGCUUCACCGCUUAUAAUUUGGUGGCAAGAACAACUGGCAUGGUGGCAACUCUGGGAAAAAACCACACUUAUCAUAUUAAUUGCUGCUAUAUUAGGCUUGUUGCUGACCGUCGUUAUCAUUUGCUGCAUAAUUAUAUGCAUUUGUCGUCGUCGACGGCGCCAGGAUAAAUAUCUCACGGAAGUCUCUAUAAAUGCUACCCAAAGUGUACUAUCUAAUCGACCGGAAAUCACAGAAGCGGGUGGGGGCCUUUCAAUACUGGAUAAAUAUGCAGCCGCCUUGGCAAAGCCACCUUCCACGCGAUUCAGUGGUAACGCACCAAAAUCGCCACCGCGCUGGCCAAUUCGUCCUGGGGUAAUGCUUCACGUAAGCAGUAAUACAAAGGAAAAUCUGACUGUAAAUCGAAUGACAUUAAAAGCGAACCAAUCUGGCAAUGCAGGCAAUAUGAGCCUGAUGUCGGAUCAAUUAAGUGCGGAUUUAAGGAAGAGCCAGGCUAAAUCCGAUAGUACCAUACUUAGCGAGGUGUCAGUGGCUUCAGAAAAAAAUGCAGGACCAGAGUUAACUUCUGUUGCAAUACCACAAUCAGAGGAUAAAGAGUCUGGAGCAGAAAUAGCACUCUUGGAUAAUUUACCUGCUAAGACAUCAGGGGCUAGUUCUGGCCCAAAAAAAUUAAAUAAUUUUUUUGAAUUGAUUUUUAAGCCGUCCAAAAAGUUUUCUGGCGAUUGCACUCGGGAUAGUCAGCGAAGCCAUGUUGGUCUAUUACAGACCUUUUGGCGUGGACUGGCUUCUAGCGAAAGCCCCUCCCAAUUCGGAACUCAGCAUCGCCCAAAAGGAAUACGCUGCAGUGGAAGUGUAACCUACAAAAAGGCCAAAGACAAUAUUAUUAAAAGAACAACCGCAACACCAAUUGGAGAACCAUGUUUAACAAACAAACCCAGAAGUUCAUUACACAAAGAUGCUGAAUCUGCUAAUAUAGUAACUACAGGCGCUGAAAACAUUAACAUUUCAUUACCAUUGCGGGAUGUGCAUAAUAAAAUCAGAUGGAGCUGUUCCGCCGAUUCAACGUUGGUCCCAUCUAGUACACUACCUCAUGUUCAAAUACACGACAAGUCGUCUUCACUGGGGGAACCAUUGACGGAACCUGGCGAGUAUGAGAAUCUUCCGUUUCAUGGUCUGCAAACGGCACCUAACAAGUUCUCUACUACCCCUACAAAUUUUAAUAACAACACAAAUGCGGUGCGCGUUGCUCCACGACCCAAGAGACUCAAUGGAAAUAUCAAUCAGUCAUCCGUCAACCAUCAGCAAGAUGGCCAGACCAUUCAACAUCCACAUUUAUACCAGCAGCAACAUUUUGUCGACCAGGAUCUCCAACAAACUCAAAGAUUACAGUACAACAGCAAGCACCGCCCAUCAACUACUGAUCAAGUUCAACAUAAGCCAAGCAAUUGCUUUCCGAACAGUUGCAACGAGUAUUACCAGCAGCAUCAGCAACAGAAUCAAAUCCAAAUACAAGUUCCAGUAGGUGCAGCUCAGCAGUUGGACACCAAUUCCUUGUCCAACAUUGAUUUGUUAAAUGCUGUAGAUCUUGAUUAUAUUCCCACCUACGCCGUGAUGGACCGACCACCUCCAAUUCCACUAUCAGCACUGCCUAACACUAACCCCUUUCUGGCUGCUAGGAACUAUAAGAAGCACGAAAAAGCAGGUGAAGAGUUGCUAAGGAGUAUGCCACGUGUAGGGCACAGCAAAGGUCCACUGGAUACGGAGAAUAAGUUUUAUUCGCUAAAAUUCCAAGAGAGCAAGCUAAGAAAUAAGGGACAUAAUGUAAACUCCUUAUUGGGAUCUACCACAUCACCCUCAUCCUCCGCUACUAACCUUAACUCUUCGUCUACAUGCAAAAGGCAUAAUUCUUUUGCUGGCAAUGUCCAUAGCGAUGUUGACUCAAGUGCUCAGGGCUUAUGCCUCUAUGAUACACCUGCUUACGAGAAUAUGGUGGUUACAGACUCAGCCGGCCAAAAAAAUGAAUCAAAAAAUGGCGAUUGCAAUCGAAAUUCUAACCAGAACCUGGCCACCGUUCAGCUGCACACUCAACCAGGCGAAGAUAAAAUGAUAAAACAUCAUCGUCAUAGUCACCACCAGAAAAAAAAUGAUGAAGGGAUCUUUGCUGAGUUCCCGUUAAUGGAGCCCGAGUGCAUCAGCAUUUAUCGAAGUGACUCUGGAAUAUCCAAUAGCUCUUACGAGUCCCAAUUCCCUAUAGCGUUAUCACAGAAGCGACAAGUAAAACCAAAAAACGGAAAUCUAAACACAUCGUCCGGCCCAGCUGUUCGAAAACAUGUUUACAAAAAUAAGGAAGCUCAGAAUAAUGUACCGAUUCAGGUCGAUUCAGCUUGUGAUAACCUUUCUACAAAAAAAUCUUCUGAAAGAGGGACAGAAUUAGUAAAUGAUCGCACACCGCUUUCAACGUGUGGAACGCCUUAUAGUAUUUCUGGAACUGCAUCCUCCUCGCACUGCAACCGUCACCAGCCUCCAAUUCAGUACACUGGAAAUGACAUGACUAGUCGAGAAGACUUUGAACAGUACCAACUUGGUAACCAGUCAGCAGAUUCCAUCUCAACGCCAGUUUCAAAAAGUCCGAACGCCACCAGAUCGAGAGCAGUGGAGUGCAAUAGUGUUCAAUCAGCCAACGAGCAGAAAAAUCAAUCGCUGGCUAUUAAUCCAUUUCUAGCAAAUAAUGGGGAUAAAAACAUCAUUCACAACAAAAAAAGACCGCGACUGCAAACAAUCAGCGACUCAUAUGAACAUUUUCAAAGGCAGCCAAGCGAAAUUCAAGCCUACCGUUCAGAAAGAAUUAAUGUCAACAGAGCUGGCUCUGUGUUCGACUCGGGUAACUCACAAACAACAUCAGCAGAGCAAAUGCAAAUUUUCAACAAUGCCGCAAAAACUAGCAGCACAAAGACAAAAUAUUAUGAACGAGUCCUAAUAUCUAAUGAAUUACGGCACCAGAUGUCUCGAUUAGGUUCUUUAACCGCCAUCGAUAAUUUGCCGUCCGUGAUUUCUUCAAACGUCCUGAUAGGUUCUCCGUCAGAUGAGGCCUAUGAUUGUCUAGUGGUACGACAUCCGAUUCGCCUGCCAUUGCGAAAACAUCACACCUUCCAUUUCCAAAGCUCACAGACAGCAAACGGUAAGCUACAACAGCUGCGGGAGCAAAUGCAACUUCAGCUCCGAGGAAGUCAGAAGUUCGACCAGGAUGAGAUUCCUUCGGUGCUUAGCCCUCUAGAAUUAAAUGAACAGCACGCCUUCAAGCCGAUUUCACCCACACCUACAAUGAUAACUCCGGUAGAUCAGAAGCCAAGGGAUGAGAGUCAAAUUGACCUUCUGGUUUUACAACCUGAGUGCGGACAUCAUGUUAAAGGGGCAGACGAUGAUGAAGACCUUGGGUACAGUUUCUGUGAAGAAGAAUCCAUGGUAGACGACGAUAACUAUCCCACCUCGGACAAUCUUAAUACUGCCCCGACCAACAGCUCCAGUACUUCAAAAGCUAUAGAAAACGCAACUGCAGGUGCCCUUAAAUACUUUAUGUCGCAAAGCUGUUGUGAAGUACACAUUUAGAUAUAAAAUAAAUUCGAAAGGAAACAAGCCUAAGUGACGCAACAAGCCAUUAAAUACCGAAAG